AUCGAAAUGCUAGAGCACAAAUAUGGAGGUCAUCUCAUCUCUCGCCGUGCCGCCUGCAAGAUCCAGACAGCCUUCCGCCAGUACCAGCUCAGCAAGAACUUUGAGAAGAUCCGCAACUCGCUACUAGAGAGCCGCCUGCCACGACGCAUCUCGCUGCGCAAGGUGCGCGUGCAGAACACAGAGGGCUUCUCCGCUGAGCGGGCGCUGGCAGAGGGAUGUGGGUUGGCAGGUCUUCCCUUGGCACGCUCCCCAUCCUUACCAGCCACUGUUGGGGGGAAUCUGACAGAUCUAGAGGAUUCUUUUAAUGAACAAGUGCAGUCACUGGCCAAGUCCAUUGAUGAUGCGCUUAGUAAUUGGAGCCUGAAGACUAUAUGUUCUCUACAGGAUGGUAGCACUUAUCAGUUUAGUAGUGAUAGCUUCAGCUCAGUGCGGACACAUCAGGGUCUUGGAGAAGAAGGAGACCUGUUGAACCCGACAGCCCUCCAAAGUCACAUAACAACACAGGUAGAGAAUCAAGAGAAUGUGUCUCGCAAUACCAGCAAGUUGAUGAUGGCUUUUCGGGAUGUGACAGUGCAGAUUGAUAGCCAGAACUUCCAUAUGUCAUCCUCUGUGAUGGAGUCCUCUACUUCUGUGUCACUGGGGAACUUUGUCCAACUGGGAGAUGCAGGGGAAGAUCCAAGAGAUUCACAAUUCAUGCCAAAAGAGAAUACUGUGGCAGCAGAACAGCAGCAGCUUCUCGUUAACCGUGAGGAACCAACUCCUGUCGUGCCAGAGUCUGGGGAGAUCCUGGAUGAAGAUUUCCCUGCGCCUCCUUCCAUUGUGGAAGAGAUCGAGGAGGAAGAACAGCCACAGCAGGAGGAGAAACCUUUUCCAGUACCUCUAGUGUUAGAGAAAGAAGAGGUUUCAGAGGAGGAAUUCACAAUAAAAAGCACAGACAAGUCCUCCACUUCUGUAGCACCUCCACAGGCAGUAAGUAGUGGUAUAAGCACAUCUCCAGUAUUAGAGGUGCUGGAGUCCAAGCACAGUGAAUUAGAGGCAACAGACAACAGCUCAGAACAGAUGAGCAGUAGCAGCACAUCAACUUCUGCCCGCUCUGCCUCUGAGGCUUCAUCCAAAGAGGCCCUUCAGACUAUGAUCCUCAGUCUACCACGUUAUCACUGUGAGAACCCAGUCAGCUGCAAGUCCCCCACGCUUUCCACUGACAUUAUGCGGAAGCGUCUCUACCGUAUUGGCCUCAACCUUUUCAACAUAAAUCCAGAUAAAGGCCUUCAGUUCCUCAUCUCUCGUGGCUUCAUUCCAGACACACCCAUUGGUGUGGCCCAUUUCCUUCUUCAGAGGAAAGGCCUAAGCCGACAGAUGAUUGGAGAGUUUCUAGGCAAUAGUAAGAAGCCCUUCAACCGAGAUGUGCUUGAUUGUGUAGUGGAUGAGAUGGACUUUUCGGGGAUGGAAUUGGACGAGGCACUAAGGAAAUUCCAGGCGCAUAUUCGAGUUCAAGGAGAGGCACAAAAGGUGGAGAGACUAAUCGAGGCCUUCAGCCAACGCUACUGCAUGUGCAACCCAGAUGUGGUACAGCAAUUCCAUAACCCAGACACCAUCUUCAUCUUGGCUUUCGCCAUCAUUCUCCUCAACACGGAUAUGUACAGCCCCAACAUCAAACCUGACCGUAAGAUGAUGCUGGAGGACUUCAUCCGGAACUUGAGAGGAGUGGAUGAUGGAGCUGAUAUACCACGGGAUACAGUUGUAGGUAUUUAUGAGCGUAUACAGCUGAGGGAGCUCCGCUCUAACGAGGACCAUGUCACCUAUGUCACCAAGGUGGAACAAAGCAUCGUUGGAAUGAAGACAGUGCUCUCAGUACCCCAUAGGCGACUUGUCUGCUGCAGCCGACUCUUUGAAGUAGCUGAUGUAAACAAGGCUCAAAAACAGGCUGCCCAUCAGAGGGAGGUCUUUCUUUUUAAUGACCUCAUUGUGAUCCUGAAGCUGUGUCCAAAGAAGAAGAGUCCUGCGGCCUACUCCUUUUGCAAAGCCAUGGGACUGUUGGGCAUGCAGUUCCACCUGUUUGAGAAUGAGCAUGGAAUCCCUACGGGCUACUCUGUGGUGAUGCCAAAGACUGAUGAUUACUCCCAUGGCAUCACAAUCUUAUCUCCAUUCUCUGGUCUUGACAAGAAGCAGACCUUGAAUUUCUGUGCUCAGAGUGCAGAGGAACUUCUGAAAUUUGUGGAGGACCUGAAGGAGUCUAUUGCUGAGGUGUCUGAGAUGGAGCAGAUACGAAUUGAAUGGGAACUUGAGAAGCAGCAGGGGAUGAAGCUGCACUCAGCCAAGAGCAGCAGCGGGCAGUUUGAAAUGAGAGACCGACAGGGCUUACCAUCAGGAAGGCGGGAUCUUGAUGAGAAGAGUGGAAAUGGUGCAGUAGAGGCUUCAGACGUACCAGUUCAGCCACCUCUGGAGCCCUGAGAGCGCGUCAUGGAGAGCGCCCCAUGGAGCCCUAUGUCACCAGCAGGGGGAGCCUUUGCAGCUGCAGUGCCAGUUUCAACAACUCUCAGCAUCCACCUCACCUGCCCACAUCCACCUACCUGUUUCCCUGCAUACGCUGCAGCCAAACACCCUCAUCCAUUGUCAACAGAUUGUGAAGGAGAUCAUCCUGGACAAGAGUGGCCAAGUGUGUGUGGAAGCCUAGAACAGUUGUAGCAGUCCCUCACAGCACCAGCCUAUCCAGUGGAUAGUGUUGGCACAACUGUGCUAACCCAACAGGAGUGAAUCCUCACAGGGGAGGAACAGCUCCCAGCCUCCCUCUUCCCCUCCACCAUCCAAAUAUUCCCUCUUAUCCACAGCUUGGCUCACAGGACAUUGUGUGAUGCCCUUCCAGUACAUCACUACCAAAUACAUCUGUGUACAUAUAUAGAACAUAGAGAACAUCUACAUACUGUGUAUUUAUUGACAUUUCAAGAAAGAAAAAGAUGACAGAAGUAAUAAUGAAAGUAUUUGCAUAAUAUUUGCAGACCACAUAUGAAGUUAAAAUAGUUGAUAAAAUGAAAGCUUGAUUUAUCUGUAUUUUUAAAUAUUAAGUAGUUUAGAUUUUUUUGUCUUAUACUUCUUGUCCAUUAUCAAAUAUUUGACAUAGAUAUCAGUCCAAAAUGAAUUAUUGCAUUACACCAUGAAAAGACAAGGAAAUAUUUCAGCAGGUGAACAUCCUCUUCUGCAUACAGAUACCUGUAAUACCUGGACACAAUAUCAUCUGUGUACUGUUGAUUAUUAACUCCUUUAUUCUCUCAAUCACCCAGGACUUUUUUCCCUUCUCCAUUCACUCAGUGGAAUCAAUUUUAUAAAAUCUGGGAGGCAUACCUUGUGUUAGCAUAGUGGAGUUGUGCUGGCUUAUUUCCUAUGAGCCAUAAUCUCCCCAGUGUGUAAAUCAAGCACUUGUCAGCCUAUGCUUGUUGUCUUAAGUCUGAGAUUUGCACAACACUGAAGGCAUUGUAUGUGCUUCGGGUGGAGCAGCCCCAAAGUCAGAGUGUAAAUACUAUUUUCGUGUAUGUUGCCCUUGACUUAGCUUUUCAGCUAUACACCUCUGAGGGCUGGAGUGAGUCAAGUGCCACUACAAGGUGAACAACAACAUAUCACAUUGAGGUCAUCAGUAGGCCUAGUUCUAAUAUUAUUAUUAGAACUGUUAUAGUUAACGUGAUAAUAAUGCGUCAACGCAAUCUCACUCACACUGUUAAAAAAAAAUGAGCGCCAUUCACACAGGUUCUAACAAAUAGCCAGUCAGUGAUCUGGACGGAAGCAGCUGCAGUGUCAAGUCAAGGGAUUCUGAUGAUGUGCACUCCACUAAAGGACCAUCUCUGGGAGAUGCAGAGCCAACUGCCAGUUUUGUUGAUGGUUAGAUGAAUAAAGGUGUUAAGUAUCUGAUAGCAGGUUACAAUUACACACUGUUAUGAUUAGAUUUUUACAGGCAUACUAACAUUAUAUCUCUUGGUAGAUCUAUAAAGAGGAGAUUUUCAUUGCUCUCCUGUAUGUUUACAGCCUGAUUACAUUUCAGCAAAUUGAUAUUUUCCCAAAUAAUAUUAUGCAUAUAAUGUAAAUGCUUAAAAUAGUUCAUUAUUUAAGGAAAAAAAGAAAAUAAUGUGAAAUCAAAGCCUAUAUAUCUGACAUGUAUUUUGUCUAUAUGCACUAUUCAUGCAGUUCAAUCAUGUUCUGCAGAACAUUGUCUCUAUAAUAGU